UCCGGUGCAGCACGGGUACCCUCCCGUGUCGGCCCCAUCCCCGCAGGACAGAGACACCCUGCUUUCUGGGUGGCUUUGGGCGAACCUCGUGCCUCUCUGCGCGUGCGUCUUCCCACCGGUAGCCUUUGCAGCCGGAGCGGGCGGGGCCCGGGGCUGUGUGCCCGGGAUCCCAGCAGCUGAGCGGCCGAGGCUGCAGGAUUGUGCGGUGGAGGUCGGCUUGUGCUACGAAAACGUAAACAAAAGAGCAGGCCGGUGGGGUUUGCAAGCCCGCCACCUGGCUAAGGACCGCCAGGCAGUUCCUAGCCUCCACGGCUGUGCAAGGGCGGCGGGAUGGACAGGUUCCUGGUGAAGCCAGACCAGGGCGACCUCCGAGCGGCAGGGGAGGAGCCAGUCCCGUCGGGAGGAGCCUCGGGCGGUCAGCCAAACCCCAACUGGCGGCACCUUCGCGCGCAAGGUCUGAAUUGCGAUUACACCAUCCUGUUUGGCAAAGCCGAAGCAGACGAGAUCUUCCGAGAGUUGGAGCAAAAAGUGGAGUAUUUUACCGGUGCACUGGCCAAGGUCCAGGUGUUUGGAAAGUGGCACAAUGUUCCCAGGAAGCAGGCGACCUAUGGCGACGCUGGACUGACAUACACAUUUUCUGGUCUUACACUGACACCAAAGCCCUGGAUCCCGGUUCUGGAGCGUGUUCGCGAUCGAGUGUGCAGGGUGACGGGGCAGAGCUUCAACUUUGUGCUCAUUAACAGGUACAAAGAUGGUUGCGACCACAUCGGGGAACACAGAGACGACGAAAGAGAACUGGCCCCCGGGAGUCCCAUCGCAUCUGUCUCCUUUGGGGCCUGCAGAGACUUCCUCUUCCGGCACAAAGACUCUCGAGGGAAGAGGCCCCAGCGGACAAUGGAGGCGGUCAGGCUGCAGCUGGCCCACGGAAGCCUACUGAUGAUGAACCACCCCACCAACACCCAUUGGUACCACAGUCUCCCUAUCCGCAAGAAGGUCCUGGCUCCUCGGGUCAACUUGACUUUUCGGAAAAUUUUACCUACCGAGAAAUAAAGCGCCUUUUAUUUAUUAUUUUUA